AUGACGACACUAAUCAAUAUUAGCCUUAUAACUUAUUUUAUAUUGGUGGCAAUAAUAGGGAGCCUUGGCAAUGGUGUUAUUUUAUUAGCAUAUGGAAAUCGUUGGAAUUCAUCAAAAUCAACAUCAGUUAUAUUCAUACUUAUUCUUGCUUGUGUAGAUUUAUGGACAUGUUUAAUUGUUGUACCAGCAAUUGCCAUAAUGGAAUAUCGCGAUUUUGAUGUACCAACACCAAUAUGUCGUUUUUAUUCUUUUUCAAAGAAUCUCAUUAUUAUAUCAUCAUUUAUUAUGUCAUUUAUUGCUCUUGAUCGAUUUUUAAAUAUUGCUGUACCACAUCAUCGAUUACUUAAUCCACAACGAGUUAAAGUUUUACUAAAAUUAUUUAUCUCAAUCGGCAUCGGCCUUGGUACAUUAACUGCAUUAGCAUUUUCAACUCAACCAAAUAAAAAAAAUUACCUUGCUAAUUAUGAUUUUAUUGCAGCAAAUGGAUCAUAUUUAACGAAUAAUCUUAAAGAAGUUUCUUUAGAUGUCGAUCGGAAUAUCUCAUUACCAUCAGAUAUAAUCGAUUUAAUUAGUGAACAACUUUCUAUUGACGAUGGUGCUAAUUUAACAAACCUUACUUUGGAAUAUAAAUCAACAUCCGUACGAUGUUUUGCUGAUACAUCAAUUAUAUCAGAAAAUUUAAGAGAUUUAUUAAAACAUGUAUCAAAUAAAGUGUUUUUUACUUUAAUUGGUAUAGUCACAAUUUUUUAUACAAUUACAUUUGUACUUGCUUUACAUCGACAAAAUCCACGUAUACGUGCAUUAAAGAAAAGUUUAAAUGUUUUAAAUAAAUUUGAUUCAUAUCCAUUAACUAAAUCUAAUCAACGACCAGCUGAUUGUAUUGUUUCAAUUCAACCACCAUUAUCUUCAUCAGGAAGAACAACAACAACAACAACAACAACAUUAUUAUCAUCAAAAGAAGCAACAAUUGUACUAAACGAAUCAAAUCAUUCUGAUGAUAAUAAAUUAUCAAAACAAAAAAUAACUAAACCUUGUAGUAUUAUUGAUGAAAAACAAUAUGAAAUGUCAAAUUUUAUUAAUAAUUAUGAUAGUGAUGAUCAAAAUAAUCCAUCACCACUUUUAUUGAAAAAAACAAAAAAGUGUAAAGGUAAAGCACAGCAAGACCGUGAUACUAGUAUAUCAGAUGGUACAUCAGAUGAUUUACAACCAUCAACAGAGAAAAUACAUGCUAUUAAACAAGUAUCAUUUCAAAUUGAUAGUCGUCGUAAUACAUUAAAUAAUGAACCGAAUCAACAUUCAUCAAUAUCAUCUAGUUUUUUUAAUGGUGAUUUAGAUAUUAAUAAUGAUAUGUAUUAUAAAUUACCAUGUCCAUGUUCAACAACACGUCAAUUAUUAAUUAAAUUUCAUUUUGCACGACCAUCAUCACAAUUAAAUCGAUGGUUAUGUUGUUGUUGUAUAAAAAAUGAAUUAUCAGUAAAUCGUGAGUCAUCAAUUGGAAGUCAAAUUCAAGAGGAAACAACAAAAGUAUUAACAUCAUCUACACAAAAUAAUCGUACAACAGCAUCAAAUAGUGAAACAUUACGAAAGCAAUUACAUCGGCAUCGUUUAAGACAAAUACGUAUGGCAUCAACAUUUUUAAUUAUAACAGUAUCAUUUGUUCUUUUUUAUUUACCAUCAAUUUUAAAUGCUGAACGAAUUAUAAAAAGCCCUAUUAUGAUUUAUUAUUUGUAUUUAUGUACACAUGCAUUAAAUCCAAUUAUUUAUUGUUUUAUGAAUCGAAGUUUACGUGCAUAUGUUAUUUCAAUGUUUAAUUGUCGUACGCGACAAAAAAAACGAAAUAUUCGUAAAGGAAAAACAUUUGAACGAUAA